GGUUUCUUUUCAACAGGAAUUAGUGCCACUUCCUGUCAUAAUUAUUGUUUGAAAAUUAGCCACAGCAAAGUUGAUAUCAAAUUAACUGAAAAGUUCCCGAAUAUUAAAUUGUCGCAUUUUCAGUUAACGUCAAAGCUCACACGCGACUCAUUUCCCAUAGACGACGCAGCCGUACGGACUGAUCGGUUUUAUCGACCAAGUGACAAGUGAGAGAUAAAACUCACACCUGGCCUUUAGUGUGGAAUUAAUUCUCCAGCUAGCGCUAAAAUUUGAUAAAUGUCACAGCGACAUCCAGACGAAAAAUGAAACAGUCCCGUGUCACAGGAGAAAUCAUGGGAUUCCGUCUUUCUCCGCGACGCAUAAUAAUAUUUACAACGUCGCUCACGAUCAUCAUGUUUGUGCUGCGACGUCAGAGUGAUUCACAGUUUGAGGAUGAAAAUUAUUCUACGGUAUCGAAUCCGGCGCUGUAAUGCGGCAGAAGAGAAUGGCUGGCGGACCUUGCAAUCUAGAAGCAUAUGAAGACGAUCCUAAGAAACUGGUCGCUGUCUAUAGGAGCUGCAGGGAUGAUCUCAGAACCAUCAUCGAGAAAGGCCUUCCUGUUCCUACUGCCUUUGAAGAAACUGAUGAAGGAAGACUGAUGGAAGAAAGAGUUCGCCGGUUGGUGAACGUCAAGCAGAAGUGUAACAAUAGAAAGGUUGCAAGCAUGCCUAUGAUCGACUCCUGGAUCCGGGUCUCAAAACCACACGAACUUGCCUACUGCCAGCUUGAAAAGACUGGAUCAAGCACGAUGCUCACAUUCCUCUUCGAAAUCAACAACAUGGAGACCUUGUAUCCCCGUAACGAUGACUUGCAUCAGACAUCAUUGGAUACUUUUAAAGUAAUAGGCCAGGAAGCCGUCGACAUGGCGGAAAAAUACUUCGACAUCAUACAAGUGCGCCACCCGUUCACCAGGCGCGAGCUGCUGCCCGGUGCAAGUCCUCUGAAUCGGGAGCAGGAGCUUCACCUGGCUAGUGUAAACCAGCCAGGUAGCACAGGGAAACUGACACGCUAA